AUGGCCGCGGUCGAUCGCAAGAGCAGUUACCAGAUCCGGCCGGGGAAUAAAGAGCCCGAAUGGUCCAGCCUCUGCAACAAUGUCUUUGACCAAUACCUCAACGACGACGACAUCUUCGCCAUCGGCGACAGCCAGCGUGAAAGAAGCAGUUCCGAUGGCUCUGGUAACCUCUUCGACUUCUCAGGAUCGAGCGAACAAAGCAAUCAGACGAACGUUACCUCGCCAAUACCUUCCUGGGACGACCCGCCGUCCACAGCAGGAGCAAAGACAGAAGCCAAACAACCCAAAGCCAAAGCUCCCGGCGAGUUCUGGACGCAGAAGUUGAGGGCUCUUGAGCAGAACGCCGCACAGUGCGAGAGACGUCAACAGAGAUUGCGGACAACAAAGUCACAUCCUGACUUUCUCAGUCUCGGAGGACACCCUUCGCCUCCAGCUGUCCCGCCGUCGCCAACGGACCAAUCGUCUUCUGCACCGCGUCCCAGAGGAAGGGUUGCUGCUGCAAACGGAAGCAAGACACCGACCCAGCGCAGUGUCACCAACUUACGAUCAGUAUCACGUGGACGGCCAGUAGGGGUGACGAAGCCCGCCGCCGCUGCUACUGUCAACCCGUACGCAACGAUCCGCAAGACCAAUGCUUCACCGUCCAAGAUGAUGAACCCGUCCCGCUACCGCGCGGGCUUCAAGGACGUCUGGGCGGAACGAAUCGAACAUAGCCCGAAGAAAUAUGAGCUCCGGUUGUCACAGGUUGCCUUUCCCGACUCGCCGCCGCCUUCGGCCAGACCGUAUCAGGGCAGUUUCGCUGCUUUCGGAUCACCUGUUUAUCCUCCCUUGCCUGGAUGCGAUGACCAGAUUUCACCUUUGGCGAGCACUUUUCAGCGGGCGGCUCGACUUCAAACGCCGAUUGCAUCGCCGCUGUUGAGUCCUGGGAGUCACGCCGCGGCUUCGUACUUUGAUGGGCUGCCGCUUCCAGCGAAUCCCUAUACCACACAGACGGUGCCGCUGAACGAUACCGCACCUCUGUACCCCGAGGCGCCUUCGCUGGCGGCGAACAGGAUCCAGUCGUUCGAUUUCGGAUUUUCGAGCUCGCCUGUUGACGAUGCUUGGAAUGCAGCGCCUUUUGCGGAAGCUGCUUCUGCGCCGUACAACCCAGAUCCUUUCGUCGGUCAGGAUCCCUAUGGUGGAAUCGAUGGCUUGUCCAGCUCAGGUGCAGAUGGGUUAGGGCUGGGUUUGAGCUGCGAUCCGAAUGUCAUAUCCAACUACACGACGGGACCGGCGGUGCCGGAGACAGCAGUCCUGCCAAACAUGACUUACCAGCCUCCACCCAUGUCGUCCGCGAGUCCAUUCUAUGUCCCUGGACAGUCGAAUGGCUUGCAGCUCUCGCCCACUCGCCAGAGCCAUGCGCGAUCCAUCCCCAACACACCUCAUCGACGCCGCUCAUCCCAAAGUCCAUCGCCACCAGCAACGGACACUAGAACGAGGAGAGCAUCGUCUUCGCGACGAGCGUCCCGUCAUCGCAGGAACAAGUCUGUGAGCUCCACGCCUCGUCAUGCCCACAAUGACAGGGGCGGAUUUGUCAACUUCACGCCCUCGGAUAGUACCAAGAUCCUGAGUGGAGUGGCGCCUUCUGGUAGUUCGAAGACGAAGGCGAGGAGGGAGAAGGAGGCUGCUGAUAAGCGAAGACGUCUGAGUCACGCGGCUGUGAGGGCAAUCAUGGAGGCUGGUGGGGAUGUUGAAGCGUUGCAGAAGGCUGGGUUGAUUAUUCCUUGA